AUGGCGGUUGCCGUUUGGCGUGUGCUCCUGGUUCUUCUCCCCCAUGCCAGAGGCAUGUUGAUGGAUAUCGGGAUACCUUUGCACUUUUCUGGCUUGCUGAACUCGUCGCUGCACGCCAAGUUCUUCGUUCUCCGACCUCCGCCGGAGCUCCGGCAGUUGCGUGGCAAUUCGUUCGAGUGUGAGUACUUUGGGCACAUGUACAGCUUCGAGUAUAUGUACACAGAUUUUUUCGAGAUGAACCGACAAUUUCUUGCCGACUCCGCAGAAGAGGCUGACUUCGUAGUACUCGAGCAUUGUGUGACGUACGCUUACCACGUCCUCCGCUAUGGGGCCGGUUUCAACACUGUCAAGCUGACUUGGGAGGCAUUGAGGAUUGCGCAGGAAUCUUACCUCAUGCCCUUGAUUCAUUGGGCGGAGACUACGCCAGCGUACCAGAAGUCGCAGGGAAGGAACUUUGUCAUUGUUUUUGCCAUGGACAAGGGCCGAGUUGAUUACCCAAUGGCAUCAAGAGCCACCCAGCACUGGCAUGCUAUCACAACUGUCGGAAAUGGCACGACUUGGAUGAAGAGGAACCAGCCGUGGUUCCGACCAGACAUAGCAUCGGCAGCUGAUCCAUGCAAGGGUCGAAGCAGCACAUCAAAGAGGCGGUUGGUCUACUACGAGCAGGAUGUCGUGGUGCCCGUGCCUACGAGCUUCGACUGGAGCUUGGAGGCCGAACAGACUGAAGACCGGCACUUGCUGGUGUUUUACGCCGCCUCUCCGAACAGCUGCAUCAGAAGAGCGAUCGCCGACCAGCUUGCUGCAUCAGAUGACGCAGAGGUGCUGGUCAUUCCGAAGCCAAUUCCCAAGAAGCCUUGGAGCGAUUUCCUUUUCCGGUCCAAGUUCUGCUUGGUACCUGAUGGAUUCUCCUCAAUCUCAGCCAGGCUUUAUGAGGUCCUCUUGCAUGGCUGCGUGCCGGUGCUUUUGACCCAUGCCUUCCAUCCGCCCUUCGAAACCUUGAUCGACUGGCGGCGGAUUGCCGUUUUCCUGCACAACAGCCAGGUAGCUGAUGCCCCUGCCAUCUUGCGGAACAUCUCAGACGAGGAGUAUCUUGCAAUGCACAAGCAGGUGGCUCGGGUUCGGCGCCUUCUGAAUGUUCAUGACAUGCCUUUUUGGAUAGCUACAAACAUGGAGUUGAUGCAGCGCAAGCAGCCACCUUGA